AUGAUUCAAUUAGAACUACCAGACAAAGUUCAAGCGGUAUCUAGACCCGUAGCAGGUUGUGAAGUUCAUACAGAAUUCAAUAUUCAAUUAUACACGAAACCAUCAUCGUCAAUCAUUAUAACACCAGCAGGUGAAUUAUUAAGUAAAGCCCUUUUUUUUCUAAAAUGGUCACCAGUUAAUGACGAAACAACACUUGAAAAGUCAACUGCUGAUUUUAUAUGGAUGGUAUUUCAAAAUGUGAUCCCAUAUAAUUUUACUUCAAUUGCAUUUCCAACUAUUGGCUAUGAGCAUUUUCCCGUUCCGAUUAAUAUUCUCAUUAGAACACUAGUAAGAGAAAUGGUAAAUCAGCUCAUGAAAACAGACUUACCACUGACAGUUAAAUUCAUCACUCAACCCAAUCAAGCAAAUAUCUAUGAUGAGUUCUGCAAACAGAUAUUAACAUUACAGCAGAGUAUUGUAACAACUUUUAAUCCUCAAUUACCUUCAACAUGGGAUAAAUCAACACAAAAUCAAAAACUUUUUAUUGUACCUUCCACAUCCGACGAAUAUAAAUCUAUACUGACUAGUUUCGAUCACACUAUGAAAGGACAGUAUACGUCUAUUAUACGUAUUCAACGGAUUCAAAAUGAACGAUGGUAUAUGCAAUAUCUCGCUCAUGGUCGAGACUUUCUGUUACGUCUGAAGGAGGACACAGAGAAGCGAUUGUAUCAUGGCUGUCCAGAACAAGCAGCUCAUUCGAUUAUUGAAGGUUGUUUCAAUAGAAGUUAUGCUGGUAUCAAUGGUAUUGCACUAGGAGCUGGUGUUUAUUUUUCAUCGAACGCCAAUUAUAGUCAUGGAUAUACGAGACCGAAUGCAAAUGGUGAACGAUGCAUGUUUCUCGCUCGUGUUCUCGUUGGAAGAACAACAGCUGGUAACCCGUCCAUGAAAACACCACCACUCGGAUUCGAUUCGACAUCUGCAGGCCAUGCUUUUGUUACUUAUCAUGAUGCACAAGCAUAUGCUGAAUAUCUCAUUACAUACAAAUAG